AUGGGGACCCAACCAGAGACACUCUUGGGGACAUGGGGACCCCUCCAUGGUCAUAGGGACUUCCCCAGGGACACUCUUGGGGAAAAAGCACUGGCGACUGCAAAGGCACGUUAUGACAUUUUGCCAGUGGUUACACACAAAGUUGUACUGCCCAGUUUAUCCAGAGUACGUAACAGGCUGGCAGCUCCUCCUCUGCCAGAGCUGGGACACUGUUUGGGACGCACGGACCCAUAUUCCUGGAGAGCUGUUUUGGGGGUGCAUAACCUUUGGAAACAUGGCAAACACACAGCAAAAAGAAAGAUCAGAAGCAUCACUGUGCACCCCAAAUUCAAGAGAGAAACGUUUGAAAAUGAUAUUGCAUUGUUUGAACUUGGUUCCGCAGUCCGCUACAGUGACUACAUCCAGCCCAUCUGCCUACCUCCCGCAGAGCUUCCCCCUCACCACCUCGAGAACGAAACGGAAUGCUUCAUCAGUGGCUGGGGACGCACCGCAGAACAAGGUAAAAUCUCAGCUGUGUUAAGAGAAGCUCAAGUGGAAAUCAUUCCUUCCAGUAUGUGUAACAGCUCGAGCGCAUAUGGAGGUCUGGUGAGCCAGAACAUGAUUUGUGCUGGCUCUUGGUCCGGAGGCAUCGAUACCUGCCAGGGAGACAGCGGUGGCCCUUUAGCGUGCUAUCACUCUGGUACCAACAAAUACUAUCUCGUAGGGAUUUCUAGCUUCGGACUUGGCUGUGGCCGACCAGCAUUUCCUGGGAUCUACGUCCGUUUGUCGCAAUACAGAACGUGGAUAACCUCCGAACUUCUGCUAAGCAGCAAGGCCCAGAGUCCCGUGAGCAUUACACUUACUGUCUCUCUGACGGUGAUGCGUAUGGUACUUGCGUAG